AUGAACGAGAGGGAUUCUAAUGAAUUGAAGAGAGGUGCAGGAUACCUCAAGGAAAAGGCCAUUAUUGGCUUGUCGCGAGUGACGGGAGAUGAGUUGGAUCGGGCAAUUAUGAAGGUGACAAGCCAUAUGUUGAAGGCCCCAAAGGAGAAGCACAUGCAAAGGCUCUUGGCGACGACAUACGGGCAUUAUAAAAGCAAUACGCGUGAUGGGAAAAGCAUCUGUGGGUAUAUUGUGUCAGAGCUUGAAAAAAGAAUGCACACGCACAAUUGGGUCGUGGUGCUGAAAACCAUGGUGACAUUUCACCGUUUAAUGACUGAUGGAUCGAGCGAGAUCAAUCAUUGUAUACAGCAGCAUCCAAGUAUAUUUUCCCUUCGCAACCUGAAGGACCUCUCUGAAACUGCAGAAGGUGCUGCCCAGGCCUUCUUCAUUCGACAAUACUUAAACUAUCUUGAAGAGCGUGCGACUGUGCAAAAGGUGAUUGGCGUUGAAAAUCGUUUGGAAAGUGUGGAAUUCAGCUCGGCGUUGCGUUCGAUGGAUGUGGAUUCCCUAACCCCGUUCUUCGUGGCUUUGUUGGGUCAAAUGGCCACCCUCGUUGAGGUAGAAUACCGAGAAGUCAUAGUAGACAACUUUUGUACGCUGGAAGCAUACCAAAUGCUUGUGGAGGAUGGGAAAACUUUAUAUCAACUGCUUUCUAAUCGAGUGAUUUUUGUGCUUGACGGCUUCAAUGACUUUUCCCUUGCCUUAAAAAAAGUCUGGCUGGAGCUUUACAGGCAGUAUAGCACGGUUGUGGAAAGACUGCGUUUGUUGUUUGACGCCAUGCUCGACUCAGUGAGGGUCUUCGUGCAACCCCCACCACGGCUAAAGCCGCUGCCGUAUUCCUUCCUGGAGCACUUGGAGGAUGACGUUCGCCUGAGCAGCAUUCCAAUGGAAGACGUGACUGAAACGUUGGGGAGUUUGGGAAUAUCCGGGAAUGAAAUAAAGACUCCAGUGAAGGAAAUGGUUGAAAAACCACCACCGUCACUACCCCCUGCAGUGACCACGCGACCAUCGCAUGGUAACGAGGUGGGUUCGUUGCCAUCUGCUGCUGCUGGCAAAGCAACAGGCCCCAUUGUCUAUGGACGAUCUCUUUGUGGGUGUGCCCGCAUCAGGACCGCAAAUUACUUCUGCUUCAUCUGA